AUGACAGAUAAUUUAGUAGUAUCAUUCAAAGACUCUUCAAUAUAUGAAUCAGAUGUCAAUAUAUUAAAAAACUCAAAUCAAUGGCUUAACGAUUCUAUCAUAUCAUUCAAAAUCGAAUUUUUAAAAGACAAGUUAUUAGAAAAAAAUGAAAAUAAACAAUUGGAAAAAGAAAUUCUUUUAUUAAGCCCAAGUAUUAUUUUUUUAUGUUCAUUUGUAGAUUCCGAACAAGAAGUUCUUGCAAUUCUUAGCCAAUUAAAAUUAGAAUCAAGAGAAUUAAUAUUUAUACCAUUAAACAAUAAUAGAAAUCCAGAGAUUAUUGGUGGAGGUUCACAUUGGUCUUUAAUGGUAUUUGUAAAGAAAUUAAAUCAAUUUUUAUACUAUGACUCUAUGAAUCGUUCAAAUUCCCAAGAUGCACUUUUUGUUAUUUCAAAAUUUAAAUUUUUAUUAACAAACUCUAAUAAAAACUUAAAAGAAUAUAUUAAUUUCCAAGCAACACCUCAACAAAUUAAUUCACACGAUUGCGGAUUGUAUGGAUUGGGAAUGAUGGAGGAAUUAUUAAAUAUUAUAAUUGACAAAAAAGAAAAACAUCCAGAUUUAGACUAUAGCGAUAUUUUAUUGUCCCCAUCAACCAAAGAAAUUAUAUUCAAUAUUAUUACACCAAAUUAUAUUAAAGAUAAAAGAACAGAAAUUUUAAAUCAAGUUUACAGUUUAAAAAAAUAA